AACACGAAGAGCAUCCUUUAGCUCGAAAGAUGACAAAAGGGAAGACAAGACACCUUAUCAGCUUGUCAAGAAAUUACAGAAAAAAAUAAAGCAAUUUGAGGAACAGUUUGAAAAAGAGAAAAACAGUAAACCUUCCUAUAGUGAUAUUGCAGCCAAUCCAAAAGUCUUAAAAUGGAUGACUGAACUUACCAAACUGAGAAAGCAAAUAAAAGAUGCAAAGCAGAGGAGCUCGGAUGGAGAAUUCAUACCUCAAACACGCCCACGAAGUAACACUCUCCCAAAAAGCUUUGGCUCCUCUCUCGACCAGGAGGAUGAAGAAAACGGCGACGAGCCGCGGGCUGUGCAGAAGGAGAAGAAGCCCACCAAGGAGGCUACCCUUGAACUCAUUUUGAAAAGAUUAAAGGAAAAACGAGUGGAGAGAUGUUUGCCAGAAGAUAUAAAAAAAAUGACAAAGGACCAUUUGGUAGAAGAGAAAACAUCUCUCCAGAAAAGCCUCCUGUAUUAUGAAAGUCAGCAUGGACGACCGGUUACUAGAGAAGAAAGACAUAUUGUGAAGCCACUUUAUGACAGAUACAGACUUGUAAAACAAAUGUUAACUAGAGCAAGCAUUACUCCUAUUCUUGGCUCCCCAUCAACCAAGAGGCGUGGGCAGAUGCUGCAGCCCAUUAUUGAAGGUGAAACCGCCCAUUUUUUUGAAGAAAUAAAGGAAGAGGAGGAGGAAAGCGAUGGUUUGCCUGCAGACCUGAACGAUAUCUUAAAAACCGCUGCCCAGACACAGCCUGUGCUAAGCCCCGUGGAGAACUCUGAGUCUGAUGUUGAGGAGGGACAGGAGAAGCUGACCCGGGACCUGAGGCUGUCCAGCACCCGUGCUGCCUCCAUGCCUGAAUUAUUGGAGCAACUGUGGAAAGCCAGAGCUGAAAAAAAGAAGCUACGUAAGACGCUACGAGAAUUUGAAGAGGAGUUUUAUCAGCAGAAUGGAAGGAACGUGCAGAAGGAAGAUCGGGUUCCAAUGCUUGAUGAGUACAGGGAGUACAAGAAAAUCAAAGCCAAACUCAGGCUGUUAGAAGUCCUUAUCAGCAAACAAGAUUCUUCAAAAUCCAUUUAAAUGCUACCCCUCCAGGCAGUUGAAUAACACGGUGUUUCAGUAGCCUACCCCUGUACUUAGCGGGUGCUUGUGUUCGUUUGUCACGCUGUUGAGAAUCCAGUUUGAGCACUUUACUGGGUGCCAGUAGGACGUGUCUGAAGGGUCAGUAGGUCCUGUCUGGAGAGCAAGUUGGGAGUUCUGAGUUCGAGACUGCUCUGUCCAACUUUAGCAAACACAGUUUCCAUCCAAGUUUUGUAUUCCAGAUGCAUCCAUCUUGUUCCAAAACAACCAUAGCUGCUUUUUUUUAUUUUUAUUUUAACAUUCAAGAACUUGGAGACUUUUGUUAUUACCAACUUUUUGCAUUAUUGAAGGAAUUAUUAAUACUAUAAUGCUACACUGAACUACUCCUCUU